AUGCUCUGCCCUAAGCAUUCGUCGCGGAACGAUGCUCCCAAGUUUCAGUCCGAGCAGCCCGUGAUCCCGCAGCAGCAGUAUAUUCCUGAGGCAGUUCAGGACGCCCAGCAGCAGUACGUCCCCUAUCAGCAGCAGCCCGGCGUGCCGCAGCAGUACUACUCAGCAGCCCCCCCGAUGCCGCCGCUGUACCCUGCGGCGGCGUACGGCCCGCCGCCGGCCACCGCAGCGGCCGCCGGCGUGCCGUGGUGGGUGUGGAUGGGCGCGGGCAUCAUCGUCGCCAAGGUCUUGGACUUUGUGCAGAACCUCAUGAAGAAGGGGCCACAGGCCAUGAUGACGGAGAUGGCAAUGAAGCAAAUGAUGAAGGGAAUGAACAUGCCGCCCGGCAUGAACAUGCCGCCGGGGGGCGCUCCUGGAGCCAGCCCCUUUGGCGCUGGCGCGCCGCCCAACUUCGGCCCCUACGGCGCCUCCAACCCCUUCGCGCCCAACUUCAAGCCCCCGGUCGACACGACCGCGACGGCAGUUCAAACCCCCACGCCCGCCGCGCCCGCCGCGCCCACCGCCGACAAUGGCGCGCCUCGGGGCGAGAAGUUCGCGGCGCGCGUGGCGAGCCCUGACGGGGGCAAGGCGGCUGCAGGCUCAGGGGCGGCCGCGGGGAGGGCGGAGCCCCCCAAGGCGACCACAAACGGCAUGCCAGUGGUGGAGGCCGCCGAGGUGAAGGAGCCCUCGAGCAGCGGCAGGGGCGCCGCCGGCGCCAGCAGCAGCGCCAGCGGCAGCGGCCCCGCGUCGGGCUCGGCCAGCAGCUUCUUCACCGACGUGGGCGGCGGCGGCGCGGGCGGCAGCGGCGCGCCGGGCGAGCAGGCGGACGUGGGGCAGAUGACGGCGAUGAUGGAGCAGAUGCUUCGGGACCCCAACAUGCAGAAGAUGCUCUACCCCUACCUGCCUGAGCCGAUGCGCAACCCCGACAGCAUCGAGUGGAUGCUCAACACGCCGGAGGUCCGGAGGCAGCUGGAGCAGACGCUUGCCAGCUCGGGCAUGACCAUGAGCCCCCAGAUGAUGCAGAUGAUGCAGCAGAUGGACUUCUCUCAGGAGAAGGUGCAGCAGCAGUUCAGCGAGCUCGGCCUCAAGCCCGAGGACGUCAUCAGCAAGGUGCUGGAGAACCCGGACCUGGCCUCUGGUUUCGCCAACCCCAAGGUCCAGGCGGCGAUCUUUGACAUCAGCCAGAACCCCAUGAACGUGAUGAAGUACCAGGAGGACCCCGAGAUCAUGAAGGUGCUGGAGAAGGUGACCGAGCUGUUCUCGCCCAACGCGCCGAAGCCGUAG